CGAUGAUAGUACAGCAGACUUUGGAAUCGUAGGUACGUACAGGCUACAACUAAUGCGGCGUUUAUGCGUUUCGUUUUCGUGACUGUAUUAUUGUAUUUUAUUUAAAAACUGUGUUGAACGAGCGACGACGGUGUUCAAAAACAGAAUACGUGCAUAUUAUACAUCAUAACUAUCUAUGUUAUAUCUAACUAUUCGAUUUUUAACAACAGAACUUCCGCCGCUCUAUCGUCAUUUUGAACACUAAAUCGGCGUUGUUUACUUCGCACAUAGUGUGCGUCGAUCGCUGUUGGGUUAGGUGCGUUUUCGGUGGGUACUCAAGGUUUUUGAUUUCUUUCUUCUUCACUACGUACCUUAGACGAAAUCAGAGUUAUCAAACCAUAGUCUGUCGUUGUCUAAAAUCCGUUCUACGCCCGAGUUAUCUGCCAUGGCAUGACUGUGUAUCAUAUUGUUCCAGGAAGAUUCACGUUGGCCGAUUUGAAUUUCAAUAGCCAUGCAAAUAUAAAAUAUAAGCUGAUCAAAAACAAUACUAUGAUUUUACUUUUAUUUUGUUUCAAACUUUAUUUGUGUAGUAAUCAGUGAAAAAUAAUUUUAAUAUGGCGGCACAUUGUUUUGAUCCAAACAACAAAGCCAGUUGGUAUUUUGGACAAAUGUCACGUAUUGAAGCUUCUGAUCUAUUAAUGGGUGAACGAGAAUGUGGAACUUUUUUAAUUAGAGACAGUCUCAGUAUUCAAGGAGACUAUGUGUUAUGUGUGAGGGAAGACAGCAAAGUGAGUCACUAUAUUAUCAAUAAAAUACAAGAAAAUAAUGAAACAAAAUAUCGAAUUGGUGAUCAGAUGUUUGCUGAUUUGCCAAGUUUAUUAGCAUUUUAUAAAUUACACUACCUUGACACUACUCCUCUCUUGAAACCUGCUGUUAAACCAAUAGAAAAAGUUGUUGCCAAGUAUGACUUCGUUGGAAAUGAUCAAGAUGAUCUGCCAUUUAGAAAAGGAGAUAUUUUGACAAUUCUUGUAAAAGACGAAGAACAAUGGUGGACAGCUAAGAAUAUAAUGGGUCAAAUGGGUUCUAUUCCAGUUCCAUAUGUACAAAAAUAUGAUGGAAAUCCACCAUUACCAAUCAAAGACAGUAAUCAAAUUCCUGGAUCUAAUAAUGAAUCAACAUUAAGGAGGUCUAGUCUUCAAAAAAAAUUACCAGCUCUAGCUAGAGUUAAACAAGUCCGUGUACCAAACGCCUAUGAUAAGACAGCUUUAAAACUUGAAAUUGGAGAUAUAAUCAAAGUGACAAAAACUAAUAUUAAUGGUCAGUGGGAAGGAGAGCUUAAUGGUAAAACUGGACAUUUUCCAUUUACUCAUGUGGAAUUUGUGGAUUCUGAAAUGAAUGAUUGUAUAAGUGACAGUUAAUUUUAACAAUUUCUAUAGCUUCUCAGUUGUCCUAGUUAUUAUUUAAUUAUUUUUUAAAUAUAUUUUGUAAAUGGCAACUAACUAGAUAGGCUAAUAUAGAUAUAUAUUUUAUUAUAAUGAAUCAUUGUAUGUUAAUUCAUUAAAAUAGAGUUUUAUCUACUUAAUUAAAAGAAAACAAAUAGACAUGUACCCGACAAUUUUGUAAUGUAAAGAGAUUUUUAACUGUAUUUUUAAUAUGUAAAAUAUACUGUAUUGCAUAAAUUGUUCAAUAAAGCAUCAGCAAGCCAAACAUAUCAAAAUUAAAAGUUUAUUAAAAUUGAAAAUAUUUAUAUAUAAUUAGUACCAGUACAACUGAUUAAUCAAUAAUAUUGACUAUUAGUCGUUAGGAAAAAUAACUGAUCAAUAAUUAGAUAGAUUAUUAGUUUAUAUGACCAACCAACUAAUCAAACAAAUUAGUCAAUUAAUGACUAACAAAUAAAUGUCUCUUCAUAUUUAACUUGAGACCAACAAAUAAAUAUAAUUAAUAGUUAAUUAAAUUAAAAUAUUUACUAGUGAAAACUGAAAAUAUAUUUUAUUUUUAUUCAAAUUAAUUAACAAUAUUAAUUAUUAAAAUUUUUUUACAUUUAUAUACAAAUGGUCCAAUAAUUGAAAAUUCAUAAAUUAUUGUUUAUUAGUCAUUAGUCUUUAUGCCAUAAAUCUCAAAUGUUAAUUAGUUUAAAAAAAAACCUAUUAUAUAUCGGUCAUAAGACAUAAAUGAUAACAUAACAUUUGACCAACAACACUAACAUGACAUACUAAUUUUAGUAUAAACUGUAAAUAUGAAGGCUUUAUUUUUUUUUCACUUGUUAAAAAGUUUAUUUUUUUAACAUCUAAUAUUUAUGCAUGUUAUAAUUGUAAAUGACACAAAUUUAAAAUAAUGCGUAAAUCUUUGUUUCAAAUUCUAAAUAUUUAUUAAUAUUAUUGUUGUUUGUUUGGUAAUAUCAUUUUGAGAAAUUAUCGAUUAUUUCUAUCUCCAACUAUAUUUUUCCAAACGUAUGAUAUUUAUUAUAUAUUAUUUUUAACUUUUCUUGUAAGAGUAGCCAAUGUUAUAGGAAAUAAUAUCUUAAAUGAUACAAAUGUUAAACAAACGACUAAAAUACCUGAGGUACUGAUCAUGUUGGAUAAGCUUGUCAAUGUUUGGUACAAUUUAAAAA